AUGCUACCAUCACUUCAAUCACAAACGAAUCCACCCUCACCUAUACAACAAUCUCAGCAGACGCAAUUUCGUCCUACUACUAUAGAUAAUGAUAUCAAAAAAGAUUCUUCAAAUGAUUCAAUUGAAGUUAAAAAACAGGGUUUCUCACAAUCCAAAAAUGAUAUUCAGACCAAUCCUUUAGAAUCUCAGCAAUAUACUCCAAAAGAUCAGGGAACUUUACUGUCGCCACCACAACAUUAUCAUCCACAACAUCGUCAACAACCAACUGCAUCUAAUUCAUCUUCAAUACAAAAUUCAAUUGAUGUUGGUGCUAAUAUCAAUAAUCAAGAAAAUCAAGAGCAGCAUGAUAAUCAAGAUUUAUUACAUACAUAUGGAUCUGUUGAAAAGAAAUGUAAGCAGAAAGAUUUGAGUAAAGAUAAAUUUCAUAUUCAACAAAUGCUUGAUACUAGUCUUCAGAGUGUUCCGGAAACCAUUGAUGCAGAAAG